UCAUCUGACAGCAGCCAAUAAGGGGCUGCCACACUCCGGCUGUAGGUCCGGCCGAGAGUACUUCCGGCAGGUUUUCUCUUUUCUUCUGUCCCGGCUUCCCUGCUAGUCUAGGUCCGGCAGUGCAGCCGAGAGUUCUAAUCUCCGGUGCAGACAUGAUGCGAUCCCUCUUCAGCGCUUUAUUGGUCCUGGCCGUAGCCUUCAAUGCCGCCUGGGCCUCCGAUGUCAUAGACCUCACAGACGACGACUUUGAGGUCACCGUCAAGGAGUACUCUGUCAUCCUGGUGGAGUUCUUCGCUCCCUGGUGUGGACACUGUAAGAAGCUUGCUCCUGAGUUUGAAGUUGCUGCCACAAAACUGAAGGGAACUGUUGCACUGGCAAAGGUUGACUGCACAGCAAACUCCAACACUUGCAACAAGUAUGGAGUAAGCGGGUACCCCACUAUUAAAAUCUUCCGAGAUGGAGAGGAGUCUGGUGCUUAUGAUGGGCCAAGGAGUGCCGAUGGGAUUGUCAGCACUAUGAAGAAGCAGGCUGGGCCUGCGUCAGUGACUCUGCGCUCUGUGGAUGAGUUUGAGAAAUUCAUAGCAGAUUCUGAUGCCUCAGUGGUUGGCUUCUUCCGUGAUCUGUACAGCGAUCCUCAUCAGGAGUACUUGAAGGCUGCCAACACACUGAGGGAGAAGUACCGGUUUGCGCACACUGAUGAUGAUGGGCUGGUGAAUAAAUAUGACAACAAUGGCGAGGGCAUCGUUCUGUUCCGUCCACCUCGUCUUGCAAACAAGUUUGAAGAUGGCUCAGUCUCCUUCCCUGCAGAUGAGAAAAUUACAUCCCAUAAAAUUAAGAAGUUCAUCCAGGAUAACAUCUUUGGAAUCUGCCCCCAUCUGACAGAAGACAACCGAGAAUCGAUCCAAGGAAAAGACUUGCUUGUGGCCUACUAUGAUUUAGACUAUGACAAGAACCCCAAGGGCUCCAACUACUGGAGGAAUAGGGUAAUGAUGGUUGCAAAGAAGUUCCUUGAUGCCGGACAGAAGCUCAACUUUGCCGUUGCUAACCGCAAAUCCUUCGCACAUGAGGUGACUGAGUUCGGCUUGGAUUCCAGUUCCAGUGACAUUCCUGUUGUCGGAAUCAAAACUGCUAAGGGAGAGAAAUUUGUAAUGCAGGAGGAAUUCUCUCGCGAUGGAAAAGCAUUGGAGCGCUUCCUUCAGGAUUACUUUGAUGGUAAACUAAAGAGAUACAUGAAGUCUGAGCCAAUCCCUCAAAACAAUGAUGGUCCAGUCAAGGUGAUUGUGGCCGAAAACUUCGAUGAGCUUGUAAAUGAUGACAGCAAAGAUGUUCUCAUUGAGUUCUACGCUCCUUGGUGUGGACACUGUAAGAACCUGGAGCCCAAAUACAAGGAACUCGGAGAGAAGCUGGCUAGUGAUCCAAACAUCAUUAUUGCCAAGAUGGAUGCCACAGCCAAUGAUGUGCCUCCUCAGUAUGAAGUUAGAGGGUUCCCAACUAUCUACUUUUCACCAGCUGGAAGCAAGCUAAGUCCAAAGAGAUAUGAGGGUGGCAGAGAGGUCAGCGACUUCCUUAGCUACUUGAAGAAGGAAGCUACCAAUCCACCAAUUGUGACAGAAGAUGAAAAACCCAAGAAGAAGAAGAAAGAAGAGUUGUAAAUGAGAUUAAGUGCUCAAAUUGGCAAUUUUUUUUUUUCCAGGGUGGGGCUGUCAUCUUGACAUUACUGGGAUCUACUGGGAAAACAGUGUGUGGACACUGAAGCACACUUGCCUUCCUGAAGGGAACAUGGCGGUUGAUUAGAGAUUUCUUAGAUGCACUGUUGGAAACAUCCAAGGACCUUACAAAUAUUUGUGGCUUGUUGAGGGGGUCACCACUUUUCCAUCUAUGUUGGGAGGGAUAGGGUUUGGGGGGUUCUACAAUUUGAUGGUAUUGGUUUUCGUUAAUUUUUUAUUUUAUUUUUUUGUACAUUUGAAA